AUGAUGCGCCUCUCCGGCUUCCUCACCAUUCUCGGCCUCACCGCCGUCGUCGCCGGCUGGCCGACGGGUCGAGAUAUACUUUGGAGGCGGCAAACACCUGGUGCCCAAAACGUCGUCUACUGGGGUCAGAACGGCGGCAACACGGUGGCCAACAACGACCUGUCCUACUACUGCCGGUCCACCUCGGGCAUCGACGUCCUCGUGCUCGCCUUCAUUUACCAGUACGGGGGUAGCAGCAACAUUCCCUACGGUGGCUUCGGACAAUCCUGCUACGUCACCUCCAACGGUCAGGGUCAGAAUUGCGCCGGACUCGCCGCCGCCAUCGCCACGUGCCAGGCCGCGGGCAUCAAGAUCAUCCUCUCCAUCGGCGGUGCCACGAGCACCUACUCGCUGCGAUCCCGGGCCCAGGCCGAGGCCAUCGGCCAGUACCUCUGGGACUCGUACGGGAACUCGGGCAACAAGGUGGUCCAGAGACCGUUCGGCAAGGUCUUCGUCAACGGCUUCGACUUGGACAUCGAGUCCAACGGCGGCAGCAGCCAGUGGUAUCGGUACAUGGUCGCCAAGCUGCGCUCCAACUUUGCCAAGGAUCCCAAGAACAGGUACUACAUCACGGGUGCGCCUCAGUGCCCUAUCCCGGAGCCCAACAUGGGCGUCAUCAUCAGCAAUUCCCAGUUCGAUUACCUCUUCGUCCAGUUCUACAACAACAACCCCAACUGUGCGCUCGGCGUCAACGGAGGCGCCCCGAUGAACUACAAGAGCUGGGCGAGCUUCCUCUCCAACACGCCGUCGAAGAAUGCCAAGAUCUUCAUCGGCGUCCCAGCGGCUCCGACGGCGGCCAACGGCGUCUCCAGCGGCUCCAUCUACUAUGCUACCCCGAGCCAGCUGGCGUCGAUCGUGAAGACCUACCGGACCGAUGCCCGCUUCGGCGGCAUCAUGAUGUGGAGCGCCGGCUUCUCCGACUCCAACGUCAGCAACGGCUGCACCUACGCCCAGCAUGCAAAGAGAAUACUGGUGAGCGGUGCGCCUUGCGCCCCCGCGCCCGCCAAGACGACGACGGCGAAGACGACACCAAAGACGACACCAAAGACGACGACGAUAGCGAAGAAGGCGACGACGACGACGGCGAAGAAGGUCACAACAACGGCAGCAAAGAAGGUCACCACCACGGCGGCGAAAAAGACGACGACGGCGGCAGCAAAGAAGGUCGCAACAACGGCCAAGCCGACGACGAAAACAACUGCGAAGACGACGGCGCCAUCAAAAGUCACAACCAAGGCGGGAUUGCCCAUAGCCCCGAGAGCGACGACGGGCAUUGCCCAAUGGCAACAAUGCGGCGGCCUAGGCUACACCGGUUCCACCGUCUGCGCCUAUCCAUACAAGUGCGUUGCCCAGGGCAUCUGGUGGUCGUCUUGCCGAUAG